UUGUUGCUGUGAGAAGGCAGACUCAGAGGGCAGAACAAACACCUAGCUGUGGGAGUGUCACCCACCUGGGGGAGGGGUUACUGCCCUUUGUGAUGUCAUUAAGGGAAAAUCUCCAAACGGCCUGUUUGAGCACACAUUUUCUUAAAAGUGGAGCAGGUAAAAGAUGGAGAGGAUGGACUUUUCUCAUAAUAAGGAGGUUUGUAGACAUGGUAAAGUUUAUUUUGUUUAACAUGUGACCUUUAAGAUGGAUACCUAAAAUACAUCUUUAGGUGAAAUAAUGGAAAAUUCAAAGGAAAAUAUCUGAUGAUUCUUGAUAGUGAUUUCAUAAAACUCUUCUAUCAAAUUUUACAUGUUGUUUUUCUUCUCUGUGACAUUUACUGUCCUUUUUAAAUUCAAUUACUUCUUAAAUAAAACUGUUGAUAUUUUUUGCAGUGGUCGCUCCUCUCUCUCUCUCUCUCUCUCUCUCUCUCUCUCUCCCUCUCUCUGACACACAUACACACAAACACACAUACAUAUACUCGGACAGACAGGCAGAUAGGUGGACAGACUGUCUCCUGCUAGAGCUCAAGGACUGAAGGACACGCUACCUAAAGCGCAGCUGAUAAGCGGCUUUAAUCGACUAAUUUUGCUCCGGUGGCCCUUAGCAGGCUACAGGUACACACACCGGAGCUCAAACCACCCGCAGUCCGACACACUCACUGACCCCAGAGACGCUCCGGAUGGUCGGCAACUCAACAAACUGAGCUCUUUCUUUUUUCUUUUUUUUUUUAACCGAGGAGCCAUGGAGCUCCUCAACUUUCUAACGGUUUGAGGAUUUAAACGCGCUCUUGAUCCUCCCCAUCUUCAUGGCUAUAAGUGUUCUUUCUCCAGAGCAAAGCCGAAACUUUUCCUGCAUCUUUUUAAUAAUCAUGAGUUAGCGUUCAAAUUUGUGAAGAAGACCAAAUUCCACCUGGUUCCAUCUUGUUUUACGCGCUGUUUCUUUGCGUAAAGUGCGCACCGGUGCGCCCUGGAGCUCAACUGCAGAGUUUGAGUCAAGUAGCCAAGAUGAUAUCACAGUGCGGGGAACAGGGUCUGGCCCGGCCUUCAUGAGAUCCCGCUGGCCGCGCUGCUGUGGCUCGGACCGGGACGGAGCGGAGGAGCCGCGGCGGAGAUGGCGUCCAACCUGAGCACGGCGGCGGCGGCAGCGUCAGCACCGGAGGCGGUGGCGAGGGAGCACAACCUGCCGGCGCUGGUGUUCGGGGUGCUGCUGAUCGUGGUGAUCAUCUGCGGGAACAUGCUGGUGUGUCUUAGCGUGUUCUCCGAGAAGGCUCUAAAGACCACCACCAACUACUUCAUCGUCAGCCUGGCGGUGGCGGAUCUGAUGCUCGCGGUGCUCGUGCUGCCGCUCUUCGUCUACUCCGAGUUCGAGGGUGGAGUUUGGACCCUCAGCACCACCGUCUGUGACGGUCUGAUGACGAUGGACGUGAUGCUGUGCACCGCCUCCAUCUUCAACCUCUGCGCCAUCAGCAUCGACAGGUUCAUCGCCGUGUUGAUCCCUCUGAACUACAACAGGAAGCACGUGGACCUGCGUCAGACGGUGCUUUUAUCAGCCACCUGGAUCCUGGCUCUGGCGGUGGCAUCACCCGUCAUGUUCGGCAUCAACAACGUGCCGGGUCGCGACCCCACGGAAUGUAAACUAGAGAAUGACGACUACGUCCUGUACUCGUCCGUGUGCUCCUUCUUUAUCCCCUGUCCCAUCAUGCUGUUCCUGUACUGCGGCAUGUUUCGUGGCCUGCGGCGCUGGGAGGAGGCGCGCAAAGCCAAACUGAGGAACAGCAUCCAAGCCUGCCGCAAACUGCAGGAGGCUGCCGCUUCGCUGCCACCGCUGGCCUCACUGCCACCGCCUCUCCCGCCCAUCAUAGAGCGAGAACUUACGGAUACACCGGACGAUCAAGAUCGGCCUUUCAACCCGUCGGUGUACAUUGACGGCCCCGUGCGAACAGUUAGCUUAGCAGAGAUCAAGUUCAACCCUGAACCACGCAGGAGGAAGACGGCUAAGAUCAACAGCCGAGAGAGGAAGGCCAUGAAGGUGCUUCCUGUGGUCGUGGGUGCCUUCCUGUUCUGCUGGACACCUUUCUUUGUCCUCCAUACAUUGCGAGCCCGCUGUCAGGACUGCAACGUCCCACCGGCCAUGAUGAGCGUGGUGACGUGGCUCGGCUAUGUCAACAGCGCCAUCAACCCUAUUAUCUACACCGUCUUUAACACUGAGUUCAGAAACUUUUUCAAGAAAUUCCUUCGAGGCUGCUGCUCCAAGAGCGCCCGAUAAGGACGCUACUGCUGCACAAAUUUUUACAGCUGCAAGAGACGCUGCUGACUGUUGAUUUAGUGUCUAUUGUCUCUAUUGUCUCUGUUCAUCAUCAUGUGUCAUUCCUUUGUGAGGAUUUUAUUUUUCUACAUUUGAUGACUGCAAAGUUUGUUUUAGCUUGAUAUUUGCUGUGAAAAAGCUGCAGUCUGAGGAGCAAAGCAUUCAGAGGAUCAGUAAAAUAUCUACAUUACACAACUGACAAGGAAGGAUUUUAUAUGAUGAGUUUCUUCCUUCUCCGAAUAAAGUUUUUAUGAUAAAUAA